GAGACAAAGAGAGAGAGAGAGAGAGAGAGAGACAGAGAGUCAGAGACACACACACACAGACGGAAAGGAGAAGUUGGGAUUUAAUGCGCUACAGACACCGAAGAGCCGAGAUGCAAUGAUGUUGAUGUGACAGAUCCCAAAAGAAACGUGAUGUCUCACAGUCACUGUCCCCUGCGAUGACUUGACUGCCAUGACGACUCCACGGUCCUCCUUCCUGCAGUGAGCCUCUACUCACCCUCUGCACACUUUUGGCGUUCUUCACCCGCCCUGCCCUGUCAGACCUUUUGACACACCUUCUUACCCUUUGACCCUGUACCCGGCUUGCCACGGUGUAACCUGCAUACAGGACCCCCAGUCACAGCAACACCCACUGGACAGUCAUGGGUAUAGUUGUGCUUUGAAAGCACCUCUUGAUGGCCACACAGUAGAAGACACACAGCGAGGCGACGCAGGACCGACAUGAAUGUUUGCCUGGACAUUUAGAGACGGAGGAAGGAGAAACCCUCAGGCAUGUAGUAGGCAUGCGUCUGGAUGUCUUUCGUGGUGAACUGGGCAUGCGCAGGUAGAACGAGCUCACAGGUAGGGUGGGCCUUCAUCACAGCACCAAGUCAAGAGCCACGUAAAUGGGCACGUAGAAGGCCGAUGGGCUUUCGGACCAGCGGAGCUCACUAAAGUUGAGGACUUAUCGCUCUCUUCUCUGAAGCUGAGCUCCACGCGGCGGGGCGUCGGCAGGACGAGCAGCGGAGCAGCCGACGGCGUUCAGGCUAGCUGUCCGCUGACACCCGCCAAGUUCUCCACACCGGUCGUGGAUUGCUGGCCCCCAAGAUGAUGUGUGAGGUGAUGCCCACCAUCUCAGAGGAUGGCAGGGGGGGCGGACCGUCUUCCCCAGCCGGGGGUGGCGGGGGGAGCGGAACGGGCGUGGCCGGGGGUGGCUACGGGGCACGGGACUCCCGGGGUGACGAAGGGGGCAGCACAGGCAACCUGGAGUCUCUCAUGGUGAACAUGCUGACGGAGCGAGAGCGGCUGCUGGAGAGCCUGCGGGAGACCCAGGAGUGCCUGGGAACGGCGCAGCUGCGGCUGCGGGAGCUCGGCCACGAGAAGGAGUCCCUGCAGAGGCAGCUGUCCAUCGCUUUGCCCCAGGAGUUUGCGGUGCUCACAAAGGAGCUGAACCUGUGCAGGGAGCAGCUCCUGGAGCGUGAGGAGGAGAUCGCCGAGCUGAAGGCCGAGAGGAAUAACACACGGCUGCUGUUGGAGCACCUGGAGUGCCUGGUGUCGCGACACGAGCGCAGCCUGCGCAUGACCGUGGUGAAGAGGCAGGCUCAGUCGCCGGCGGGCGUCUCCAGCGAGGUGGAGGUGCUCAAAGCCCUCAAGUCGCUCUUUGAGCACCACAAGGCCCUGGACGAGAAGGUACGAGAGCGACUCCGUGUUGCUCUGGAGCGGGUGGCGGUUCUAGAGGAGGAGCUAGAAUCUUCUUCACGCGAGGCGCUCUCAUUGAGAGACCAAAUAAAAAGAAGACAACAGGGGCUGGACGGUGGGAAAGAGCGCCUUCCCAACGGACCGCUUUCGCUGGCCGAUGACGGGGAGCUGGAGCGGCAGCGGGACGGCGAGAUCGAGCGCCAGAGAGCCGAGCUGUGCCAGCUGAGGGAGCGCCUGGCGCUCAUGUGCCGACAGGUGGGAGACAUUGAGGAGCAGCUGUCGGCAGCACGCAGGGAGCUGUCCAAGUCAGAGGAGACCAACCAGAAGCUGCAGAGGGAUGUGAAGGAGGCCCUGUGCCAGAGGGAGGACAUGGAGGAAAGAAUCACGACACUGGAGCGCAGGUACCUCAGUGCACAGAGGGAAGCCACGUCUCUCCAUGACAUCAAGGACAAGCUGGAAAAUGAGCUGGCGAGUAAAGAGUCUCUUCACAGACAGAGUGAGGAGAAGAACAGACAACUGCAGGAGCGACUGGAUGACGCCAAGCAGAAGCUGCAACAGACUCUACAGAGGGCCGAGACGCUGCCGGAGAUCGAGGCUCAGCUCGCGCAGCGUGUGGCUGCGCUCAACAAGGCAGAAGAACGCCAUGGCAACUUUGAGGAGCGCUUGCGGCAGUUGGAGACUCAGCUGGAAGAGAAGAACCAGGAGCUCCAAAGGGCCCGGCAGCGAGAGCGCAUGAAUGACGAGCACAACAAGCGCCUUUCCGAUACCGUGGACAAGCUGCUCUCCGAGUCCAACGAGCGCCUGCAGCUGCACCUCAAGGAGAGGAUGGCGGCACUGGAGGAGAAGAACACACUUUCAGAGGAGCUGGCAAACAUGAAGAAGAUACAAGAUGACCUUCUGACGAACAAAGACCAGCUCAUAGCCGAGAUCGAGAGACUCCAGCUGGAGCUCGAUCAGCUGAGAGGGAGGCCUGGCUCCUCUUACUCGAGGUCUCUUCCAGGAAGUGCCCUGGAGCUCAGGUAUUCCCAGGGGGGAGGGGCUGGGGCCGGGACCGGGACCGGGGCCGGGGCCGGGGCCGGGGGUGGGGGCGGGUCCCUCCCAGCUGGCUCCUCCUCUCACGUGGAUCCCUACGGCAACGCUGCCUCGGGAGGUGCGGUCCGGCGACCGGCGCGCUCGCGAUGGGGGGCCCCCCGGGAGGACGCCAACAAGUACACAGAGUGGGACGGCAGCAGCCUGCUGGGGCCCGGAUUCGAGGGCGGCGCGGAGGGCGGCUGCUCCGACGAGGAGGAGGAGCGCGAGGCGCUGAUGGGCCCCGAACUGCUCUCGCCCAGCGGGCAGACAGACGUGCAGACGCUCGCCAUCAUGCUGCAGGAACAGCUGGAGGCCAUCAACAAGGAGAUCAAGCUGAUCCAGGAGGAGAAGGAGAGCACGGAGCUGCGGGCCGAGGAGAUCGAGAGUCGGGUCAGCAGCGUGGCGCUGGACGCUCCCCCGCUCCCUCCCACCUCGCUGGGCGGGGCGAGGGACGGUACAGGGAGGGGCUUCAUCACCCCCUCGCUCACAUCCUCCACCCUGGCCUCCCCCUCCCCCCCCAGUUCCGGCCACUCGACCCCCCGGCUGCCCCGCUCCCCUGCCCGCGAGAGUGACCGACAGAACAAUAAGGAGGAUGAGAGGGCCUUGGCCUUGCUGGACAGCACUCCUCCCCUGACCCCCCGCGCACUGCGACUCGACCGAAUGACACACACACACCCCGGGGCGCUGCUUGAUGACAGCCGCGAAUUCCGCAGUCUUUCGGCCGACGGCGGUCCCGCGAACGCCAGUCAGGACUCCCUCCACAAAUCCAGCAAGAAGAAGAGCAUCAAAUCUUCCAUCGGCCGUCUCUUCGGGAAGAAAGAGAAAGGGCGCCUCGGGCAGCCGGGCCGCGAGUCGGUGUCACUGGCCUCCACACCUUCAGAGGAACACGCGUCGGCGGACCCCCUGGGGCUGGCGAAGCUCGCCGGGCCCGUGGACAAGGACCGCCGUAGCAAGAAGAAGCAUGAACUGCUGGAGGAGGCGUGUCGCCAGGGACUGCCCUUUGCAUCAUGGGACGGGCCCACUGUGGUGUCCUGGCUGGAGCUGUGGGUGGGCAUGCCCGCGUGGUACGUGGCCGCCUGCCAGGCGAACGUGAAGAGCGGCGCCAUCAUGGCCAACCUGUCAGACACAGAGAUCCAGCGCGAGAUCGGCAUCAGCAACCCCCUCCACAGGCUCAAGCUGCGCCUGGCAAUCCAGGAGAUGGUGUCCCUGACGAGCCCGUCGGCCCCCGCGAGCACACGCUCUUCAACCAGCAAUGUGUGGAUGACCCACGCAGAGAUGGAGUCGCUGACUGCGGCCACCAAACCCGAGCUGAAGGAGAUCAGCUGGGACCAGAUCCUGGCCUAUGGAGACAUGAACCACGAGUGGGUGGGCAACGAGUGGCUGCCCAGCCUGGGCCUCCCCCAGUACCGCAGCUACUUCAUGGAGUCCCUGGUAGACGCUCGCAUGCUGGACCAUCUCACCAAGAAGGAGCUGCGUGGCCAGCUCAAGAUGGUGGACAGUUUUCACAGGGUCAGCCUGCAUUACGGCAUCUUGUGUCUCAAGCGCCUCAACUACGACCGCAAGGAGCUGGAGAAGAGGAGGGAGGAGAGCCAGCAGCAGAACAAAGACGUCAUGGUGUGGUCCAACGAGCGCGUCAUGUGCUGGCUGCAGUCCGUGGGGCUCAAGGAGUACGCGGACAACCUGACGGAGAGCGGCGUCCAUGGGGCCCUGCUGGCGCUCGACGACACGUUCGACUACACCGACCUGGCCCUGCUUCUACAGAUCCCCAACCAGAACACGCAGGCGCGGCAGCUCUUGGAGAAGGAGUACAGUGCCCUCAUCGCCAUGGGAACUGAGAGGAAGCCGGACGAGGAUGGGACGAAGACCUUCACUCGUUCGCCCUCCUGGAGGAAGAUGUUCCGAGAGAAGGACCUGAGGGGCGUCAACUCUGACUCCUCCGAAACGCUGCCCCCGAACUUCCGUGCCUCGGCCAUCUCCACACCCUCCGUGACCCUGAGGAAGGUUCAGAGCGAGGCGAGCCCCGCCCCUCGCGCGGAGUCGGGUUCCGUCAGAACGUACUCGUGCUGAGGAGCUGCCGUGGGGUGCCCCUGGUGAUGUGCUGCUCAGGUUCCGCUCAUCUGAAGACAGCCACGGAGGAGAGAGAGAGAAAGGGAGAUAGAGAUAUAUAUAUAUAGAGAGAGAGAGCUACCUGUGGAAGAAAUGAUGAUGAUGAGGAGGAUGAGGAUGAUGACAGAGACCUAGGAUGAGUGAUGAUGAGGCCAUUGAGGGUUUUCUGCAAUAAGAGAGAUGGGAACUGGAGCAGUCAGUAUAGAGACCAGUAAAGGACGAAGGUACGAAGUGUGAGCAACAGUGGCACAUUGUCUCACUGUCUCUCUGUCUGUCCCUCACUGACUGUGUCUGACAUAGAGAUGGACAGAUGUAAUGGAAGAGAGAGCAGGGAGGUGAAGCGGUGGGGGGGCUGAAUGGGAGCUCAGUGGAGCUCAGUGGAGCUCAGUGUCCGUACUGAACACAGGGGGACACAGAGACAGAGACUGAGAGCCAGACAGACUGGGGGACAGACAGACACAGAGAGAGACGGAGAGAAAGAGCAUCGCAUGAAUUUGGACAGAAGAGUUUGUGAAACGAGGAUGACCGCUCAAGUGAGAAAUGUGUAUUUCAUUUUUUUAUUUAAUUUUUAUGACAACUGCUAUUAGAGGUUCUGUAUGUACUGGAUAACUGUAUUCCAGCUGAUUGUAAUUUAAUUUUAUCUAGAUGAAAAACAGAUUCUUUUAAAAGACGGACAGUGAAAACAUGCUACUUGUACUUGUACAUUUUCAAAACAAAAUGUGUGUAUGAUUAAUGACAAUAUUACUAAUUAUGGAAUUACAGUAAUAAAGACCCCCUGGAAACAGUGCCUACAAGUUCAUACAUGGUGAUGACAAUAACAGAGACGGCCAUAAAAAUGAAAAUAAAGCAGUGUGUUGCUGCUUCAUGCUGCUCUGUGUGUCACUCACACAUCUUGAAUACAUCCAUCUGUCAAACACACAUGCUGGCUUCUCGUAAUACAAAUGAUAGAAUGUGUAAAAUGUCCACUUUAUGAUUUCUAACUGCAUUUUCUUCACCAUUCUGUUUCAAAAAAGACCUGCAUUUCCACCU